AUGUGCUGGAUAAAUAAAAUUGAAUCAAUAUUUAACUCCACUAGGUGUUCUGAGGAGGAUAAGGUUAGAUUUGCAGUUUUUAUGCUGAAGUCUAAUGCUUUAUACUGGUGGAAUGUGGAAUCAGUAGCCCAGCCAAAUGUUCUGCAAACUAUGUCUUGGGAAGAAUUUGUGAUUAGAUUCAAAACACAAUUCUAUCCUAGAACUGCAGUGAGACAGAUGGAAGAAGAUUUUUUGAAAAUGGAGCAAGGAAACAGGUCUGUACGAGAUUAUACUGAAAAGUUUAUCGAGUAUUCCCAAUUCGUAGAGCAUUAUGUUUCUUCUGAAUCCCGAAAGGUUAAAAGAUAUAUUUUGGGUCUGAAACCUUCCAUCAGAGAAUUUGUGAUUGCCAUGGACCCUGCUACUUUUUCUUUAGCUGUAAAUGUUGUCGAGGUUACGGAAAGAAAUAAGAAUCGGCAGGGUGAAGAGAAAGUGGUAGAAAAACGAAAAUGGGAGGGGUCUUCAGCCAAUUUUCGAUCUUCAGCCAGUUUUCGAAGACCCAAAUUCAUAAAAUCAGAUAAUUACUCUUCUAAACAACCACCUGCUAGAACUUGUCCGCGGUGUCAACAGGUACAACAGGAAACUGUCAACCCGAACCGAAAAGAUGUUACCGAUGCGGAGAGGCAGGUCAUUUAUCAAGGGAUUUCACUAUACCUAAAAGGUGUUUUCAAUGCAAUUCACUUGAUCAUUUUCGGCCGAACUACCCACAAUUAA